CCAGGGGGACGUCUGGAGCUUCAGCUGAGGAGGUGGAUGGCAAGAGCUGCCCCCCGCCCCGAGGAGGCCUGUGCCUUGGCAGAGUGGUGUGUCAGGGGCUGUGGAGGAGCAUGAGCUCCUAUGAGAGGCUGGGGAGAGCAGCAUAGACAGGAGGAGGGACACACACAAAGACAGAAAACAAAUAUCUAAACUUGUCAACAGCGGCAGCACAAGAGCAGAGAAACCACUGCCCACAGAGGCAGGUAUUCAGCUUAGGGAGAAGACACAAGAAGGAGGCAGAAUGAGGGCCAGAGUGAAUGAGGAGAAGAGCCAGGCCUGACCUGUCCCUACUAAAUGUUGGGCGCAUGCUUCACUCUGUGGUGGCCAAGGAGAUGUGGGAGGAGGAGUCAGUCCAGGUCCGGGGGCAGCAGAAACCAGAGGAGCUGCUGUAGCCACUGACUCCCCUUCCUUGGAUGUGCCUGGAGCUUGAAGGAUGAGUUCUUGCGCAGGGGGCUGGACCCCCAGUAGGACAGAGUGGACAAAUGUGGGGUACAUCUGUGAGCAUCAGGUAUGAGAACCUAGGUGGGACCAGACAAGGAGUACCCCAAAGUCCAAGGAAAAGGCCCCCAUUCUUCAGACUUGGGUCUAAGGCCCCUAGGAAAUUGAAACAUGGCUGUGGCCUAACAGUCCCCAAUUCCUGAUCCCUCUGCUGGUUCCUCCUCUUCCCAGGAGCCCCCUUGGGACCAGCUCUGUGUCAGCCAGAGCCUGGCUGCCUACUCCCUGGCACAGCUGGACUGCGAUGCACCCAAUGGCCACAGGGUGGCGGAAGUACCCCACGCCAAGCUCAGAGGCCAGCGUGGGUCUGCCAGGCUUCUCAGAGCUCCAUCUCCUGCAGCUCCAGCUGCUGGCGGCAGACCAGUGUGGCUGUUGGACAACCCUGGGGCCUGGGGCUUUCUCCACCCCAACACACUAUGCCAAUCCCUACCCUGUAGCUACUGCAAACCCAGCCACUGCUCUCAUUCUCAGGUCACACCCCCAGGGAAUCCUAAAGUCAGGCAAGGCCAGGAUCUUAAACAUUAGACAGACCAUCGGCCAGACAGGAGCAAAGACUUGCUGGAGGCCACCAAAUGAGUUAUGGCCAUGCUGUCCUCCCUCCCUCCAAAGUUCUCUUUCCACCACUUCAGGUAGCUUCCAUUGGACAUGGGAAGCUCAGGGCCAAAAGCCUUUCAUCCCAAAGAGAUGCCAAGCAGAGAGGGUUUGAAAGGACUGUGCUUCAGGCUACAGCAGCCUAGGUCUGCUUUCAGACCCCACCCCCACAGGCUCCAAGGGAAGGACCUGGAAUUCUAGCCGCUUCACAGCGUUUGUGUUCUGGGCGGAACCUGCCCCAGCCCAGUUCCGCUCAUGUGCUGAGUCCUGUCCCUGUACCCACUCCCCCAUUCCUGGCCCCAGACCAUGCCCUAGAAUGAACUCGCUGCAGAAGCAGGACCUCCGGAGGCCCAAGAUCCAUGGGGCAGUCCGGGUGUCCCCCUACCAGCCACCCACACUAGCCUCCCUACAGCGCUUGCUGUGGGUCCGUCGGGCUGCCAUGCUGAGCCACAUCGAUGAGGUCUGGCCCAACCUCUUCCUAGGAGAUGCGUACGCAGCCCGGGACAAGAACAAGCUGACCCAGCUGGGCAUCACCCAUGUCGUGAAUGUUGCUGCGGGCAAGUUUCAAGUGGACACAGGUGCCAAGUUUUACCGCGGAAUGCCCUUGGAGUACUAUGGCAUUGAGGCUGAUGACAACCCCUUCUUCGACCUCAGUGUCUACUUUCUGCCUGUGGCUCGAUACAUCCGGACUGCCCUCAGUGUUCCUAAAGGCCGUGUGCUGGUACACUGUGCUAUGGGGGUGAGCCGCUCUGCUACAGUUGUCCUGGCCUUCCUCAUGAUCUGCGAGAACAUGACGCUGGUGGAGGCCAUCCAGACAGUGCAGGCCCACCGUGAUAUCUGCCCCAACUCGGGCUUCCUCCAGCAGCUCCAGGUUCUGGACAACCGACUGGGGCGGGAGACGGGGCGGCUCUGACUUGGUGAGCAGCCAGAAGCCCUGACCUUCUGGCCAGCAUGGCCCAACCCAACCAGCCUGGCCCUGGGGACAGCAGCCUCUGCUGUUUCCAGUGACCUUGAGGUAUAAAUAGCAAGUGGGGGCUUAGCUGAGGCAGAAGCAGGGAGAAUUGAGUGGUGACCUUUAGCAGGUGGAUUUCCCUGACCCAAUCCAAAGAUUCUUUAUACAAAAGAGAGUUCAGUCUGUCUCUAUAAUAAAAUGUUCAUCAUAAUAAAGA